UACUUCUUUCACCAUUGAAUAAUUACGACUUCGGUGUAGGAUCGAUACAUAAGCGCAGCCGCUAAGUUUGACCCAGGGGAGAUCCCGUCGUUGUCAGUGUGGCCCGUUGAUAAGCUACAGUGCUACCUGACGUGCAGGUACCAGUCGUUUGCCAGCCAAGAAUCGCACAAUUUAUUUGCCACACGACAGUAAUUAAUAUUGAAUUUGUAGCUAUGUUCUAGGUGAGUUUUUGUCGCAUUAUAACGGCAAAUUUUAGCUCCUCCGGCAGGCUAAUGUUUGGUCAGCUAGCUAGCUAACGACAACGUCAUAAGAAGAAAAUCGCAACAAAACGUGUCUUUCGGUUGACACGACAGUAUCUGUGAAAUAAAACACGAAGAGUACUAGAAUGAAUGUGGCUAAAAGCGGUUACCGUGUCUUUUCCGCCAACUCUUCAGCAGCAUGCACAGAACUGGCCAAGAAGAUAACGGAGCGGCUGGGAGUUGAACUGGGCAAAUCUGUGGUCUUUCAAGAAUCCAACAGAGAGACCAGAGUGGAUGUAAAAGAAUCUGUUCGUGGACAAACGAUUUUCAUUAUCCAGACCAUACCAAGAGAUGUCAACACGGCCAUUAUGGAGCUGCUGGUUAUGGCUUAUGCUCUCAAGACGUCUUGUGCAAAGAACAUCAUUGGCGUCAUCCCUUACUUCCCCUAUAGCAAGCAGUGCAAGAUGAGAAAGAGGGGCUCGAUUGUAUGCAAGUUGUUGGCGUCAAUGUUAGCUAAAGCAGGAUUAACACACAUCAUCACCAUGGACUUGCACCAGAAGGAGAUCCAGGGCUUCUUCAGCUUUCCAGUGGAUAACUUGCGUGCCUCCCCUUUCUUGAUUCAGUACAUCCAAGAAGAGAUUCCUGAUUACAGAAAUGCCAUCAUUGUUGCAAAGUCCCCCGCUGCGGCUAAAAGGGCUCAAUCUUAUGCAGAACGGCUGCGUCUGGGUCUGGCUGUGAUUCACGGCGAGGCUCAGUGUUCAGAGUCUGAUAUGGCUGAUGGAAGACACUCCCCACCAUGUGUACGCAACACCACAGGACACACAGGACUGGAGCUGCCUUCAGGCAAACAACAAGCUCCGUUCCCUGGCAUAGAGCUUCCAAUAAUGAUGGCCAAAGAGAAACCUCCGAUUACUGUUGUUGGAGAUGUGGGUGGCAGAAUUGCCAUUAUUGUGGAUGACAUUAUAGACGAUGUUGGAGACUUUGUUGCAGCUGCAGAGAUCCUGAAAGAGAGAGGAGCCUAUAAAAUUUACAUUAUGGCCACACAUGGUUUACUUUCUGCAGAUGCUCCACGUCUCAUAGAGGAAUCAGCCAUUGAUGAGGUGGUGGUGACCAACACAGUGCCCCAUGAAGUACAGAAGCUACAGUGUCCAAAAAUCAAGACGGUGGAUGUGAGCAUGAUAUUGGCUGAAGCUAUCCGCCGCAUCCACAACGGAGAGUCCAUGGCGUAUUUGUUCCGCAACAUCACCGUGGACGACUAGAGUGUCAAAGUAAGAGCUGAGGUGGGUUUCGGCGAUUCCGAGCUCCCUUCUGCCCGCUUCUGUCACAACCUACUACUGUCAUGUUAAAUGUAUUGUGGAUGUCAACAUUACAUGUUUCCUGAUUAAUUUAAAGAAAUUGAAGUCUAUAAGUCACCCAAAGUUAUUUAUCCCCUUACCAAAACUUUUUGAAAUGUAUUUCUUCUGAUAAGUCAGAAAGUGCAUGUGGUGUCUGAUUGAGAAAAGGGUGAUAACCUCAUGCAAACAAGACUGAUUGCAGUUAUAUCCUUGAAGCCUCAAUUCUUUUCUUGUCUUGCUGCAGUCACUUUUUGUUUAUUUUGAACAAAAGAAGCUUUGUAUUUAUAAAGUUAUUUUGUCAUACACUACAGUACCUCAUAUUUUGUGACUGAGCGUAUUCUGCAAAAAAAACAAGCUAAUGUCUCCAUUAAUUGGAAUCUGUGCUUUACCAACCAUUUUUCCUACACCCUUACUGGCUGUGGUGAUCAGAGCUGCUCAGGCACUGUGAGUUCUUUGCAUUUAAUAGGCGUGUUGCUUCUAUCCAUGAAAGAAGGACUUCUCAAAAACUAUAUUUUUAUGCAGCUUUUUUGCACCAUUUGUAGGAAUGUUUGGUAAGAUGUUCUGUGGCAGAAGAAGUUUAUCAUCAGAGUUAAAUAGGCCAUCUUGUAUAUAUUGUAUUUAUUAGUGAUCAGUUAAAAUAAGAUAUUUUUUCCUACAUGUUCGUAGUAAUAUCUAGCCAAGAAGAUACUUUCAGUUCAACAGUCUUAGGAAAUCUGCUUCAGAGAGAUUUGCUGUUAUCUGGGUGCCAUGGAGUCGAAUUAAACUUGUGGUGUUCAAAGCAUUAAUAAUAUUUCAUUUUGGUUCACGCAGUGUUCAAAGCAGCGUCUGAGAAAUGUGGCCAUUAUUUAUGGCAAAACCAAGUAUUUAAACUCUCUCUACUGGCAUUGAUUGAGGAAUUUAGUUAUUACACCAUUUUCUUAACUGAUAAUUGGCAGCGCUAUCAAUCAAUAACUGAUUAAUUGUAAAUGUGAACUGAAUUGAAUGGACUAAUUCCCGUAUGCUACAUGACUAUUUAAAAUAUUCAACAUGGGACAUUUUCUAUUAAUGCAAUUUGAUUGCCUUAUCAACUUGUUAUUAGAGUAGCUGACCCUGUAGGUUUCAGUGAGUAUUGAGAAUUUGAACAAUGUCCAUAACCCAUUCAGUGUCACUGUAGUCUUUGUCAUGGUGGCCUAUUGCUGACUAAAUUCUCAUAGUGCUCUCACUAUUGAGAGGCUAAUGGAGGGUACAUUUUCUGACAUGUCUCUUUCAUCCUCUGCCGUAUCGAUUAACAUUUUUGUAAUAAGUUAAAUUAUUAAUAGAAAUUACCCAGUUGCCUGUAAUCUGUAACAUCCCUACAUUGAUUUUAAAAAUCCCAUUUUUUUUCUUCCAAGGAAAAUACCCUCUUGCUACCUACAGCUCAAGCACACCAGCUCACCUGUGAUUCUGCUCAAACUACACUAAACUACGCUUUUUCACAUUGCGGUAUUAGAGUGCUUCAGCCAUAAAUGUCCAAACAGGAAAGGGAGUCUCACAAGAUGAUGGGAUUGGUUGCUUGGGUUUGUUGCAUAAAAAACCUCCAAAAGUCUCAAUCCGUGGUUUUGAGACCGUUAUCAGCUGCAGCUUUCCGGUGGAACUGCUAAACCAUGGCGUUGACUGCUAAUUUUACUCAUGAUGUGUUUUGUAGCACAUAAAAAACACCAUUUGGAUAUGCUAACAAGAUCAAAAACUUCAAUUUAAGCAGAUGGAAACUGAAGAUUUGGACACCACAAAUGUAAUUCUCUUCAUUUCCACUGUGUUGCACUGCAAGCAGAAGGCUAACUGUGAAUGGCUACAUACUGUAAGUGGGGAAAUGCUGUAAGUUUGUGUCAUUGGGUGACAUGACCCUUUAAUAUACUGUAUCACUUUAACCAGCUGAUGCUGUUAUCUAACAGUGACAACACAUCGCAUAUGAAUGACAUACUUAGUGACAGGGAAAUCCAUUUGGAUUUCUACGUGUUUUAACCAGUUUACUUCAGAUCGCUAAGAUUCUGCAUUAUUACCAACUGCUGCUGCAGUCAAAUGCUGUUAUCCAGUAAUAAAAAGUGUGGAGGGAUUUGAAAAGUCUUCUGGUCUGGUGGUUUGCUACUAACUGCUUUUUACAAAUUAUAAUGAUUUUUUGUAAAGCCGUGCAGUCAGUUUUUUUUUUUUUCCAGUACAAAUUGAUUCUCAAUAUUUGAAAUGGUUUAAAAAGUAAUUUUCUGCGGUUUUGUAGUAAACAAACUUGGCUGCAUAGUGUCAUCAGAAGGUGGUGUUACAAGCUGUGUUAUGCAUGUGUAUGCAGGUGUAAUAAAAAGAGCAAAAAACACUUAAGCCACAAGUUCUAAUGUAAUUAUUUUUUCAAAUCAGCUGGUUUUGGUCAUGUUUGGUUUCCCUUAAAGUGCAUUAAUUCUUUUUUGAAAAAUAGAGAACUUUUCAAGUGAGUAAAAAGCAUGUUAGCGACACACAUUCUUGUUGGAAUGUUUCAAAUGCAAGCAGCAGGCAUGACCUUUUAUUUUGAAGGAGUCCAUGUUGAUUUCUGUUUCUUCUUUUUUGGAUUCUAAUUUGAAACAGUAUUUCUCAUCGAGGCAGUGCCUUAAAGCAACCAACUUUGAUUAUUAUCCCAAAAUAUACCAGAUCAGUAGACUUUGAAUUGGUCCAUGCUUGCAGCUGCAUGACUGCUUUGGCAAAAUCCACUGAUGGUUUAUGUAAUUUUUUUGUUUAUUUUUUUAUUUAUGGUAAAUUGGCAAACAAAAAAAAAAAGGUGGAAACAGCAGGAUGAUGUUGAUGUCUGUGGUGUCUCCCCAUAAGACUUGUGCCAUCAUUUUUUGUGCCCUCUGAGUGAAUUUCAGAGUGAUGCUAAUGUGGAAAUUAGUGGAUUUCUAUGCUGAUCGAGCCUUUAGCUCAGGGAAAAUAUACUUUAUAAGCCAAUGCACAAUUCUUUACUUUUGUGUUGCACAUGCAAAACAACGUUUAUUGAGAAUGUCUUCCAUACAGCAAUACUGUAUAUCUUAACCACUUAUUGAGCUUUGUGAUAGAUGCUGGAUAUUUCCUGAUUUGCUAGUAGAUGAAUAUUUGAAAGACAAACACGUUGGUGUCGUGUUGACACAAAGUUGGAUAAAAGCUUUUGCUAUGUCUGCUCAGAUUGCAUCUGUCGUUAGCCUAUUUCAUGAUGUCUUCCCUGCAUUUGCUGUUCUUAUGACUCCUUCCCCGCACCCUUCUGUCUCACUCUGUGUGGUAUUUGUCAAUGUGUAUGAAAAUAAAAUGGUUGCCUCUCA